AUGCACUUCUCCAGGCCCCCAAUGUGUGUGCUGGCUCUUCUCGGUUUACUUCCAGCGGCACUCGCCAGUCCGCCCAAUUACAAUGACUUUGGGACCAACGGCACCUGGCUGUCGUGGCUCACCUCCAACGCAACCCGCCAGGCUUCGACCGUCAGUCCCAACUAUCAGAAUCAGUCCACCGAGCUCAUUUGGACAUUUUCGGGUUUCAACGCAAGCGCCAUCGAUCCCUUGGUCCGGGUCGGGCCGCAAAAGCUCAUCCUGGAUUCGAUGAAUCGACAGCGGCUGUUUCGGGGUGUCAAUGUCGUUUACAAGGCCUUUCCAUACUAUCCGCGGCUGGAUGCCUGGAAUGCCACCGAUUCCUUCACCGAAGACGAUGCCCACUUCCUGGCAGACGUGAAUCUCAACAUCAUACGCCUCGCGAUAAUGUGGUCCGGUGUGGAGCCAGAUCAAGGCAGCUACAACCAGUCGUACAUCGAUACUGUCAAGGGCAUUGUCGAGAUGUGUGCUCGAUACGGCAUCUAUGUGUUGCUGGAUCUCCAUCAGGACAUUUUGUCGGAAAAGAUCUGCGGCGAAGGACUGCCCGGCUGGGCGACGGACACUUCGUCAAGCGGGCUCGUACAGCCACCGCCCUUCCCGAUGCCGCUCCAGUGGGGCCCUUGGAGCGAUCCCAUCCCGACCUUGAAGGAAUGCAAGAGCCAUCCGUGGCCCAACUACCAGCUCACACCCGCGGCGGCCAAGGCAUACCAGAAUCUCUACGACAACAAGAACGGAUAUGCGGACGCCCUGGCAGCGUUUUGGAAGAAGGUUGCAUCCGAGUUCAAAAACUACACAAACGUUAUCGGAUACGACCUCCUGAAUGAGCCAUUUGCCGGCGAUUUAUGGGGCAAUCCAUUGGUGCUCGCGAUUGAGGGCUUUUCGGCACGCUACAACCUCCAGCCGCUAUACGAAAAGAUCCACAGGGCCAUCCGGAGUGUCGACACGGAAAAGUUUAUAUUCUUUGAGAGUCCUACGACGGACAACAACUACAAUGGCUUCACACAGCCUCCUGGCGGCUUUGCAUACGGAAAUCGGUCCAUCAUCAGCUACCACUACUAUCACCCGAUGCCCAACCGAUUCACUCUCGAUGUGCACAUUCAAAAGAGGCUUGCCGAUGCCGCUCGACUCAAUUGUGGCCUCAUGAUGACCGAGUUUGACAUUGCCAAGGCCAAUAUCGGCUUGCCUCAGCUGCUGGAUCACGCCGAUGCUGGCCUGCAGAGCUGGCUGGGGUGGGAGUACAAACGGCUCGUGCCCAUCACUGGAUUCGGCGACUCGUUCUUUAACGACACAACGGGGCUGCUGCAUCCUCGAACUGUGUCGGAGCUCUCGCGGACCUAUCCAUCCGCAACGGCAGGCAAUCUGAUCUCCUUCAACUUUCGGCGCUCGGAUGCCCAGUUCACAAUGACCUAUGCUGCGCGAUCCCAGAGCGUGGGCCAGCUGACGCUGAUCCAGGUCCAGCGCGCGGUACACUAUCCCAGCGGCGUCCGUGUCUCCAUCACCGGCCCGGCUGUGUGGAAAAACUGUGGCGAGAUCAGCAGCGUGAUCUCGGUUGCGACCACGGCUCUGGCGGUCGAUGGCUCCAUCAUCACCGUCACCAUCACGAACGAACCGCCGCUGGCGUGCCCGAGCUGA